AUGGCGGAGCCACCUCGCCCUCGAGAGUGGGGCUGCCUCCGGGGUUUUCCCGGAGUAGGGAGGUGGCGAGGGUACACCAGUAGCCGGAUCAUCACUGAGGGUCUGGCGGAGACCCUCCAGCCUUCCCUCACCAGCAUGUCUCGUGCCCCCAAUGCCACAGCCCUGCCUUGGGCUCUGCUGCUGCUCGGUGAGGUCCUGGUGCAGGAUGCAGCUGCCCAGGGCUGCCUCCUCCCGCCGGCUGCUUAUAACGCGGCGCUGGGGCGCCCAGCCAGCCAGUCCUCCGUCUUCCCCAACAUCAGCAUCGCCGUCAACGCGGUGGACGGGAACCGGGACGGCGUCUGGCAACACGGCUCCUGUAGCCACACGCGGCGAGAGCGGGAGCCGUGGUGGAGCGUGGACCUGGGCGGGCGCCGCGCCGUGGCGGCCGUGGUGGUGAAGAACCGGCAGGAUUGCUGCUGGGAGCGGCUGCGGGGAGCGCAGGUCCACGUCGGCGACGCGCCGGCCAGGCGCAGCAGGGACAACCCCGUCUGCGGCACCAUCACGGACGCCGGCCCCGGUUCGCUCAGCACCAUCUGCUGCCAGGGGCUGCCGGGUCGCUACGUCUCCAUCCUCAUCCCUGGCCGGGAGGACACACUGGUGCUGUGCGAGGUGGAGGUGGUGCUGCAGGGCUGCCUCCCCCUGCCCGGAGCCCUCGACGUGGCGCGGGGUCGCCCCGUCGCCCAGUCAUCCACGCUGAACGCCAUCAGCCUGGCUGCCAACGCCGUGGACGGGAACGGCGAUGCCGACUGGGAGCGCGGCUCCUGCGCCCACACCGAGAUGGAGCUGGAGCCAUGGUGGCGUGUAGAUCUGGGUCGCCGGCACGCUGUCUACGCCGUCACCAUCACCAACCGCCGCGACUGCUGCUGGGAGAGCCUCCUUGGUGCUCAGGUCCACGUCGGGGACUCCCUGGCUGACCACGGCAAGCACAACCCUGUCUGCGGGGCCAUCUUGGAGACCGGUCCCGGCUCCACCACCACCGUCUGCUGCAAUGGGCUGCCGGGUCGCUACAUCUCCGUCAUCAUCCCCGGCCGGGAGGAUUUCCUCGUCCUCUGUGAAGUGGAGGUGACGGCGCAGAGCUGCUUCCCCCCACCCGGCGCCCAAAACCUGGCCUUGCGGCGCCCGGCGGCACAGUCCUCCACAGCCGGCCGGGCCGGCAGUGCCGUGAAUGCUGUGGAUGGGAACCGGGAUGGUAACUGGCGGCACGGCUCCUGCUCUCAAACCGAGAGGGAGCCGGAGCCGUGGUGGACGGUGGACCUGGGUCGGCGCCGCGCUGUGGAGGCCGUGGUGGUGAGGAACCGCCUGGACUGCUGCUGGCACCGGCUAAAAGGCGCCCGCGUCCAUGUCGGGGACUCCCUCGCUGGCCACGGCACCAAUAACCCCAUCUGCGGCACCAUCACGGACACCAGCCCCGGCUCCACCAGCACUGUCUGCUGCCACGGGCUGCGUGGCCGAUACGUCACCGUCACCAUCCCCGGCCGGGAGGAGCGGCUGAGCCUGUGUGAGGUGGAGGUGGUGGAGCAGGGCUGUGCCGCGCUGCCUGGGGCCCAGAACGUGGCACUGGGCCGCCCGGCCACCCAGUCCUCCGUGCUGGACGCCGGCAGCGGUGCUGCCAACGCCGUCGAUGGGAACCGGGACAGCAACUGGGAGCACGGCUCCUGCGCCCACACCACUGAGGAGCCGGAGCCGUGGUGGCGUGUAGAUCUCGGCCGCCGGCACGCUGUCUACGCCGUGGUGGUGAAGAACCGCCACGACUGCUGCUGGGAGAGGCUGAAGGGUGCCGAGAUCCACGUCGGCAACUCCCUGGUCGACCGCGGCCGGCGCAACCCCGUCUGCGGCAUCAUUACGGACGCCGGCCCCGGUUCGCUCAGCACCGUCUGCUGCCACGGGCUUCGCGGUCGCUACGUCUCCAUCCUCAUCCCCGGCCGGGAGGACGCGCUGGUGCUGUGCGAGGUGGAGGUCGUGGCCGCUUGCGCCUGCCCCGAGCUGUUGGGCAGCCCCGCCGUGCCCGAGGCUGCCCGGCACCGGGCACGGAGCAUCCUACGGGAGAUGGACGCCGGCAACAUCGGGGGCUACAACCACCAGCACCGGGCACUGGGGGUCCCGACCAGGGUCGCCCGUUUCCUCGAGCGUCGCGAUGGCGGCGUCCCCUGCCACCCCCGCAACGUCGUCCUCUGCAGCGGCACCGCCAGCAUCCUCCCGUUGAAGUUGGAACACGGGGAUGUCACCAAUGGUGGGGCUGGGGAGCAGGAGGAGGUGGGGACCACUGGGUUUGGACACCGGGUGGUGGUUGAGGGAGAACAGGGCUGGGUGGAGGGGGUCCCACGGCCCCCCCACGGCCCCCCCAGGCUGUCGCUGCUGCUGCCGGCCGAGACGCUGGAGCGGGUGCUGCUUGCCCUCACUCGCUUCCACGCCGCCUUCCUGCGAGACUUCUCCUGA